ACAGAAUAAACUGCUGGGGAUUUACCCAAAAAUAAACACAAUUUUCUCUGAUUAUAAAAUUUUUGUGCAUUUGUGAGUUUAUAUUGGUAUCUGCUGCAAUAGUUAUUGGUUACUGAAAUUCUAGAAACAAUUUGAGCUCUGCAAAUAUGGGGAGAGGAAAAAAGAAGGGUGGAAAGAAGAGUGAAGGAGACGAUGUGGAGGCGGCAACGCAGGGAGUGAGCUCCCUCGAGCUCAGUGCGGCAGGGCCCUCGCAAGCUCCCUCACAGUCGGUCGCGGCGCCCCCGGCCCCGGCACCUGCCCCGCCCCCCGCUGCGGCGCCUGUACCGGUCCCCGCCUCCGCCCCCACUCCUGCUGUUGAAAAAGCAGCAACAGAUGAGAUGACGGGAGGCGAUGACACGGAGGGUGGACUCGGUUUGGGCGGGCCGAAGAGGAAGAGACCGCCACGCAAGAAGAAGGGGCCAGCUCAAGCGUCAGGCGAUGGACCACCCGGCCCCGCCGGUGGGCCCGCGCCCGGUGGGCCCGCGCCCGGUGGGCCCGCGCCCGGUGGGCCUGCGCCGGUGGCUCAGGCAGUGGCAGCGCGCCCUGCCAUGCCGGGACCUCCCGGGUUUGCAGCUCAGUCGCCGUCCGGCCCGCCCCCGCAGCCGUGGGGCGGCGCCCCCGUGCGCGCGCAGUCGCCACCCUCCGCCGGCCCCUGGCGCUCGCAGCCGCCCCCGCAGCAGCAGGCCCGCCCCCCUCCCGCCGCGUACGCUCCCCCCCGGCAAGCUCCGCACCCGCAACCUACUUCCAGUCUACCGCCAAACGCGAGUAGGAAGUCCAUCGAAAAAUCCAGAUAUUCGAUUCCUGCGAAAAUUCUGGGUAACAGAGUGCCCUGCAGAAAAGUCCAGCUUAUUACCAAUUAUUUGGCGAUGAAGAUUAAACCAAUGAAAAUUCACCGUUACGACGUGAUCUUCACUCCGGACAAGCCGAAGAAGUUUCUGCCGCGGGCGUUCCAAGCCGCCAUGCAGAAGUUCUUCCCCAAGAUCGUGGUGGCCUUCGACCAGACCAAGAACUUCUACUCGGUGGAUCCGUUGCCGAAAGUUAUGCAAACGGAACGGUACACCUGCAAAGUGGAGUUACAGGACGACUACGGCAAGACAUUGAAUUUCGAGAUGUCUUUUAAAGGAACGGGAAUCGUGGAUUUCCAAACUUUGAACACCUACAUGAAUGAGGGUGGAACUACUCUGAACCCGCCUACUGAAGCAAUACAGUGUGUUGAUGUUGUGCUCCGACAAGGCACCCUCCAGUCCUAUAUCAAGGCGGGCCGGCAAUUCUUCAAGCGACCGAACAACCCUAUACUUCUAGGCGAUGGAUUAGAAAUGUGGACAGGCCUGUUCCAAUCGGCUAUAUUCACUUCGCGGCCUUUCAUCAAUAUUGACGUGGCGCACAAGGGGUUCCCGAUCCAGCAGAGCAUGCUGUCGGCCAUCCAGAGCUUCCGUCUGGACCCUACCAAGAACCUGACGACGCAGCGCGGCCGCAACUUGGAGAACUUCCUCGUCUAUCUGAAGGGACUCAAGGUGGUGGCAAGUCUGGCCGGCGACACGGGUCGCAACGCAGUGAAACGCGACUUCAUAGUGAACGGCAUAGUGGACCCCGCCAACCAGCAGAAGUUCCUCUACACGGACGACAACAAGAAGCAGAGUACCAUCACCGUCGAACAGUACUUCAGGCUUAAAGGCUGCAGACUGCAGUACCCCAAUCUGAACUGCGUGUGGGUGGGCCCGCGCGACCGCAGCGUGUACUACCCGAUGGAGAUACUCGACGUCGCGUACGGACAGGUGCGCCUGCGCCAGCUGAACGAGACGCAGCUGCAGACGAUGGUGCGCGAGGCCGCCACGCCGCCGCACAUCCGCAAGGAGAAGAUACACGAAGUCAUCCGCGCCAUGAAAUACUCCACCAACCCGUACUUUGAGAAGUUUGGCCUGCAGAUAUCGGACCAGUUCACCAGUGUGGAGGGCAAAGUGCUGUUUGCGCCGAAGCUCGAAUACGGCUGUAAUAAAACCGUUAAUCCCAUUCGCGGCGCAUGGAACUACGAGCGUCUUUUAGCCGGCGCGCAGCUGGAGGCGUGGGGCCUCAUCGCCGUUGAGGUGGACGCCUACAACGCCAACGCUGAGGCCUUGGAGAGGGAGAUCAAGAACCAAGGCGAGCAGAUGGGCAUGCUAGUGCGACCAGCUCUCAUGCGUCAGUUCAACGUGCCGGCGCGCGACCUGGAGAAGGUGAUGAGCGCCGCGCUGGAGAAGCGCCUGCAGCUGCUGGUCGUGGUGGUGUCGUCGCGCACGAGGGACGUGUACUCGCAGGUGAAGAAGAUAGCGGAGAAGCGAGUGGGUCUGCUGACGCAGUGCAUCAAGGACAACACGGCUGUGCGCAAGCUCAACCCGCAGACUGUCAGGAACAUACUGCUCAAAGUGAACAGCAAGCUCUCCGGCAUCAACCAGGCGCUGCACGCGACGUCGCUGCCGGCGUGCAUGGCGCGCGGCAACACCAUGGUGGUGGGCGCCGACGUGACGCACCCCUCGCCCGACCAGUCGACGCUGCCGAGUAUUGCGGCGGUGACCGCAUCCAUCGACAAGCGCUGCUUCAAGUAUAACAUCGAGUUCAGCAUCCAGACUCCCAAGAAAGAGAUAAUAGUGGAGUUCGAGGACAUAAUGGUGGACCACCUUCAGAUGUACCGCAAGGCGCAGGGCGCGCUGCCCGCCAAGAUAUACGUGUUCCGCGACGGAGUCUCCGAGGGACAGUUCGCACAGGUGAUGAACACGGAGCUGCAGGCGGUGUACGCGGCGUACGCGCGGCUGAGCGGGGGCACGGGCCGGCCCGAGGUGCUGUUCAUGCUGGUGCAGAAGAGACACCACACCAGACUGUUCCCGGCGGGCGACAGCAAGUUCAACGUAGAGCCGGGCACGGUGGUGGACUCGCUCAUCGUGCAUCCGCGCGAGCUCGACUUCUAUUUGGUGUCGCACCACGCGAUCAAAGGCACCGCGCGGCCGACCCGCUACCACGCAGUCUGCAACGACGGCGGCGUGCCCCACGACGAGAUCGAACAGCUGACCUACUACCUGUGCCACCUGUACAGCCGCUGCAGCCGCUCCGUGUCCUACCCCACGCCCACGUACUACGCGCAUCUGGCCUGCAUCCGCGCGCGACAGCUCACCUUCAACGAACGCUUCGACAACGCCGAGUUGGAGAAGAAGCCGGUUCGCUUCCGGGUGUUGCCGCAAGUGCAGCAGAGAAACCCAAUGUUCUUCGUUUAAAUCACUUACCUAUACGAUACUUAUACUAUACAUUUUUAUUUUUUCAAUCCAAAGCGCAGGUUACGCCUAGCUAGCUACGAACAAGGCGUGUGAACAUCGUUUUAGGAUAAUCGGCAGCGGUGUGAAGAGCUGAAACGAUGUUAGCCCGCUUCGUUCUCUAGCUGCUAGUGUGGCCUGCGCUUAAAUAUAUUAAACAUUUUAAAUCAAUACUUUUUUUGUAUAAGUUCAGACUCCGGUAAACAGGUAUAAAUUAUUAUAGGGAAUCAUAAUCAAUUUUGUAUAAAUCAUGAAACUGAAAUGAAAAUUCGUCUAUUGUAUCAGAGUGGUCUCAUAGAUAUAUAUUAUGAAUGUACCUAUUGUGCUUGGUAGUUAUUAGUCAUUUGGCCAGAUCUAUUUUCUUUGUACAGUCAGGCUAAUACAGUUAGGUAUCCACUUUUGUGCCUUGUCAAAACGAAAAUUCAUAAAUAAUAAUUUAUGGUUUCUGAAUUUCAUACUUUGACAAGGUCGUUUAUAAUACGUGUUUAUAGCGAUGCCGAUGCAAAAACUGUACUUAUCAUUUUUAUUCUGAUGUGAUAUGAUAAUGAAUCUGAGACCAUGUUAAUUUACUGUUGAGGUGUUAUUUGUUUGUACCUAUAUGAUUUAUUUAAUUUUCUCGUAUGUGCACGAAAGUCGGUUUUCUGGCCUAUUGUGCAUUAUUCGGCUUUAAUUUGCACUUUGUGAUAUUUUAAGUAAUGUAAUAAUUAUGUAUGUACUGCUUUUAUAGACUUGAUUCCUAUCUGAGUAUGAAAAUCUUUAAAAACUUAAGCUGCCCAAAUACGGCUAAGCCAAAGAGGGUUUUGUUGUUCUAUUUAGUGUAAGAUAUCAAAAAAAUCUAUGGAGUUUCUUCUGCCACUUCUUCUCCAUAGAAGAGUAAUCUUUGAAGUGGUAAUACUUAUUAUACUUACUAUCAACUAUGUAGGCACUAUAGGUUAGUGUUAUAUUUAAGGAAUGAAUUUUUAAAUGUCGGAUAUACCUUUUUUAUAAUAUAAUCUUGAAACUUUCCUAAGCAUGUUGUGUACACAAACAACACACACGUGUUCACGACAGUUGCACACGGGAUAGCAUGUAUUUCUCUGAUGGUCUGAUGAUAUUGGUGUUUUUUAAUUAUGUUCCGAAAUGUAUAUUUAUUAUGGUUUAUCUUCACCUAUGAAUGGAGCCUUAUACUUCUUCUUCUUCUUCUUUGUGGAUUAGUUGAAACUUUAAAGGAAUGUAUGUUAUUGAAUUGUUUUUUUUUAUUAAAACGUAACCAUUUCUGAAUAAACUGUAUUUAUAAAGAUA